UUUUGUACCGACGAUCUUUUUGUUGGCUCUGUUUUUGCUGUUUGCCAUCCAGUCCCAAAUGUGAAAUAUCUUCGUCCGGCGUCUCCGACCUUUCAAUUCGAAAGCUUCAAAAAACGUCUGGUUAACAAAAUUCGCAGCCAUGGAAGUUGCAUCUGUUUCUUCUUCCUUUUACAUUCCCACCCACAGUCACACCCAUGGCCAAAUCCCUCUGUCUUCCAUCUCUCCCCUUCAUUUCCCCUUCUUCCAUUAGAACCCAUCUCUCUCACCUCCCCAAAAUCUCUUGCUCUUCCGUAUCCAUUCAAUCUCAAUCAGUCAAAGAAAAGCUUCUUAACCUCAUAUCUGACCAAGAAAGAGGUCUCAAGACCCAGAAAAGCCCUCAGAAACUUGAUUCAAUUGUGAAAUCAAUCGACGCCUUGGCUUCUCUGGGCCGUAAUUCUGUUACUACGGACGAUUCCCUUUCUGCCACAUGGCGUCUUCUGUGGACUACUGAGAAAGAGCAGCUGUUCAUCAUUGAGAAGGCUCACUUGUUUGGUACUCAAGCUGGAGACGUUUUGCAGGUCAUUGAUGUACAGAAAAAGAGUCUCAAUAAUGUCAUCACUUUUCCUCCAGAUGGGGUUUUCUUCGUUCGAUCAAACAUUGAAGUUGCUUCCUCUCAGAGAGUGAAUUUUAGAUUUACGAGUGCUGUUCUGCGAGGAAAAAACUGGGAGAUUCCUUUGCCACCGUUUGGACAGGGUUUGACACAGUAUACCUCGAUGAUGAGAUCCGAGUUGUAAAAGAUAUCCGAGGUGAUUAUUUGAUCGUCGAACGUGCUCCCUACACUUGGAAAGAAUGAAAGCUGAAUCACAGGUUUUCAUUGCUGCUGUAGAAACAUGAUGUAAUUGAUUAUACUAGUAUUAGUCAUCUAAAAUUUUCUUCAUAAGUAGAUUUAUCCUUCUAGUAUGUGUUCUUAUUAUGCAACACAUUCAGCUUCUCUCACUGUAUAGGUAUUCCAUUGAGGAAAAGCCUGGGGUGUUCAUGAGUUGAAUUUUAAAAGCAUAUCUUUUUUCCCCAUAAGACAUCACUAUUGGAAACAUGUUUGGGAUAAUUUAAAUCAUGUUUGAUAA